CAGAGGCCGACGAGCUGUUUGUUCAGGGCGGAGGCUGAAGGUGGAGUUUCCACCCAGUCAUGUCGGAAUUCCUGAUGUUUGGUUUUGUACGUCACUGUUGGUGGAAGUACAUUUACUCAGAUCUUCUCUUCGUCCUCCUCAUCAUGUCCUCCUUCCACUCGACCCCCAACUCCUCUCAUCCCUUCACCACCGCCCUGCCAGUGACCAACUCCACCUCCAACUCCACCCUCAACCCAGUCGCCGCCGCCGCCGCCAACCUUGUCAACGACCUCCUUAACAAGAUCCCCUUGCCUCGAUGGGCAAUCUACGCAAUCUUUGUGGCCGGCGCUCUGCUCAUCCUGAUCUGCUGCAUCUGCAUCUGCGCCAAGUGCUGCUGCAAAGGGAAGAAGAAGAAGCAGAAGAAGAACGAGAAGAUUGAUCUGAAGGGCGUGAACGGAAAAACCACAACAGCUCUGGUUCAGCCCGACGUGUCGGACGUCGGCUACGGCUCGACCAAACGGCCGAGGGGAAAGCUGCUCUACUCUCUGGACUACAACGCCGCUGAGUCCGUGCUCACGGUAGGAAUCAAACAGGCGGACAGCCUGAGGGCCAUGGACCUGGGAGGAAGCUCCGACCCGUACGUCAAAGUCUACACUUGCCCAGACAAAUCCAAAACCUUUGAGACCAAAGUGUUCAGAAACACACUGAGCCCCACCUUCAACGAGCGAUUCAGCUUCCAGAUAUCAAAGUCGUCGCUGCUGAAGUCGACAGCGGUGAUGCAGAUUUUCGACUUCAAUAGAUUCACCAAACACGAAAUCAUGGGGGAGAUCCGAGUGGACCUCUGCAGCGUCGACUGGAACCGGGUCAUCGAGGAGUGGCAGGACCUCGCCGAGCCCGCCAAGUUUGAGGAGGAGAAUCUGGGGGAGAUCUGCUUCUCGCUGCGUUACGUUCCCACCACCUCCAAGCUGACGGUGGUGGUGCUGGAGGCCAAAGACCUGAAGAGCAUGGACACCGGGGGAUCCUCAGAUCCGUACGUGAAGGUGCAGCUGGCUCUGGACAAGAGGAAGUGGAAGAAGAGGAAGACGUCCAUCAAGAAGAAGACGCUGAACCCUUAUUACAACGAGUCCUUCACCUUCGACGUGUCUUUUGACCAAAUCCAGAGGGUGAACCUGGUGAUCUCCGUGUGGGACCACGACACGGUGUCACGGAACGACCCCAUAGGAAAGCUCUUCCUGGGGGGCGACGCCUCGGGGAACCAGCUGAGGCACUGGGCCGACAUGCUGGCCAACCCGAGGCGCCCCGUGGCCCAGUGGCACAGCCUGCUGUCAGCCCAGCAGGUCAACGCCACGCUGAGCCUCAAGAGGAAGCUGCCCCUCCACAAUAAACUACCCUUCUGAGGGAAGAUCCUCAAGAGUCGCCUGGGAUUUUAGUAAAAUGAGAGACUUUCUCUUUGCGCGACGCCUCACCUUAUUUCAAAUGAAAUAACCUCUGUCUUUUUACGUGUAUUUCACUGCACAAAAUGUAAUGCAAAACCUCUUUAGGAACAUGAUGACCGAAUUGAGUCAGUUUAACGUGAACAAAAUGUAAAUUGAAUAAUUAUAUAUAUAUAUAUAUAUAUAAAAAUACAAAUACAAAUGAUCAUUUUCAUCCCUUGACAGCAACCUGUCAAUCAUCUGGCUUUGCAAGGGGCUUCUGGGUCAUUCAUUCGGUAGGAGUAAAUAAACCUAUUAGAAAUGUAAUAUAAAUAUUCACCUAAAACAAUUAAGAAAUUUGGAAAAUGCUUAUAAUUAUUGAAUUUAUAUUUCAUUAUUUGUCUUAAAUUUAUCUCCGUUAUUCUAGGGAUUUACUCAGUUGUGUGACUCCAUUACGCUUCAUUACUUUUAUAUCAAAUUAAACACUUGUAAUUGCUUCGCUUUAAACUUUUACCCCUGCCGCCAGCCUCCCUUUAGCAAGGCAGCAAGCGCAGCGUUGUUAAGCGGAGGUUGUGAGUCUGUUGCCCCGGAAACCAGAGGACAAUCAAGCGGAGCUCAGCAGGUUUGAGUUCCGGCCUCAAGAGAUCCGGCUCGUUAAUCACCGCUGAGUUUGCGAGUUUCUCACUGCACCUGAUCUCCGUUUACCUGCAGGAAACACGCCUGAGACACAUCUGGAGUCCCCAGAGGACAAACAACAAAGUACCAAACAGUUAUGGGCCUGUGCAAGAUACGUCCAUUAUUUGUGUACCAACAUUGGUAGGCAGGAAAAAAAACUCAACGGUUUUAAAGAAAAGGGCUGAGAAGUACAACAAAUAUAUUCAAAGGUCCAAAAGAUGUAGUCUUUGUGCAGAGUAACAUUUAUUAUAUUAUUGUACAGUAAUUAUUGAUUGGUUCGUGUUUUUCAUGUUGCAGCUUCAUAUUCUACCGGCUAGUUUUGGAACAGUAACUUUGUUAAAAUACAACAAUACAAGAUAAUUACAGUAUUGAUGUAGUGAGUUUAAAAGUACAUGUACCUCUAAGAUGCAUUGAAGUAAAAAGUACUACAUGUACCUCUACGUGGUGGAGCAGAAGUUUAA